UCAGAGGCUCGCCGGCCAGUUCUGGAUUUGCAAUAUCCCGUAGAGUCCGCAGCGCCUUGCCCCUCUUUGCGCCGCCGGGAGUCGACUGACAGUGACACAGUGCAACAUGGCGGAGAAGAAGGCCGAACAGUACUACACCCCGCCGCCCAAACUGGGGAAAUGGGAAGGAUUCAGGAUUUUCAUCUGGAACUCCGAAACUCACCAGUUUCUGGGUCGCACCGGAGCCAGCUGGGGAAAAAUUCUUCUGUUCUACAUCCUCUUCUACUCUGGGCUGGUCGGUUUCUUCUUGGCCAUGAUUGCCGUAUUCUAUCAGACGAUAGAUCUGAAAAUCCCCAAAUGGCAACAAGACAGAUCUGUCAUUGGGAGCAAUCCAGGUCUCGGAUUCCGUCCUAUGCCUCCUGAAAGCAAUGUUGAAAGUACCUUGAUCUGGUACAGGGGAAAUGACGAGGAAAACUACAAGUAUUGGACAGAAGAGCUGGAUAAAUUCUUGGAAGUGUACAAGAAUCCUAGUUCUGUCCCUGGAGAUGGCAAAAAUAUAGUACAUUGUGAUUAUGAAAACUCUCCUGGAGACAAAGUAUGCUACGUGGAUCCCAAAGAGUGGCGCUCCUGUUCGCCAGAAAAUAAUUACAACUAUCAUAGGUCAGCCCCAUGCAUAUUCCUCAAAUUAAAUAAGAUCUACAACUGGAUUCCUGAGUACUACAAUGAGACGACUUCUCUUCCUGAGAACAUGCCGAAGGAUCUGAAAGAACACAUCCAUACCAUAAAAAAUCAUCAUGAACUGAACACUGUCUGGGUUAGUUGUGAAGGAGAGAAUCCAGCAGACGUGGAGAACAUGGGGCCUAUCCAGUACAUCCCUAGACGAGGGUUCCCCGGCUACUUCUUCCCAUUCGCAAACAAAGAAGGAUAUCUCAGUCCUCUGGUUGCAGUGUGGUUUGAAAGACCUACCACUGGAGUGUUGGUCAACAUUGAAUGUAAGGCAUGGGCACACAACAUUCGCCAUGAUCGUGCUGAGAGGCGAGGGUCAGUACAUUUUGAAUUGAUGAUUGACUAACAUGUUUCACAAGAGGACAUUAAAAAUAAGGAUAGAUGCAGUGAGAUUUUUCAUCGUUCAAUGGAGGGAGAUAAAGGCCGGCAUGCAGGGAUAUGCUGAGACCCAAUGACUCCCUAGAACUUCAUUCAUAAUCACUAGUACAUACUAUAGUACAGUGUAUAAUACUCUAGUUCUUAGAUAAUAAAUUUGCUUUGGGUAUUCAAUAUACACGUCAUUUUUGGAAGUACAAUAAAUAAUACUCUAGUUCUGAUUAGAUAUUAAAUCUGCUCUGAGUUUUCAAUACAUUCACGCUUUCUUUGUUGAUGUUAAUGCUUGAUGAACAGAGAUCUUAAAUUGUCAUUUAAACUUUUGUUCUCCAUGUUAUAAGUCAAAUUUCUGCCUUCACUUCAGAUAAAUAUUUUUGCAAGCCAUAUCAAAUCUUGUCCUUAGGUACCUUUAUUCCACUGUUGUCAUUUAAUUUCAUACAUUGAUUUGUAAAUAGUUUCCAGUCAUAUUGUAUUGACUCCAUAUUUAUUGCUUCAAGAGCAAAUGUUUAAAAGAUUGUUAAUUGUAACAUAGUAAUAUUGUACAAAGUACUGAGUUUAUGCUGCCUAACAAAAUGAACAGACUUUGAUAACAAAUUAUGCUAUAUAUGAACUGUUGCUAAAUUAAGGCCAUUGUUAAUGUUGUAUUUAGUUUCAUAUAUUUGAUUUCAUUCAUCCAAUUAAUUGAAAAAGGAAGUGAAUUGAAAGAUACAUAAAACAUGUACCCUGGGUUAGAACCAUAUACAUGCAAUCCUACUACAGGGUUGAAUCUUUCAGUAACUUAAAUGCACAGUCACUACUUAAAAAACAAAGAUGCUGUUAGUGUAGCAAACCAGAUGUGUGUAUAAAAUGCUAAAAAUCACAUAGCAAUAGUAAGAUACCAUGUGAUUAUUUGGUCACACUUUGAAGUAUACAGCUGAGCAAUGCGUCCUUUAUGCUUUACUGCAUUGUUAUUAUGCUCAUCCCUUACAUCAUUAAUCAUAUAAGUCAUGGCCUAUAAUACUUAACAGUACUUUAUUCACAGUAUUAUGGUAAUGGGUUAGAAGAUUGAAUUAAGGGUCCAACUGUGUUGGAUUUUAUGUUAUAUGAACAAAAUACAUGCACAAGCCAGUCGUCAUUAUUUUACAUGUCAACUCAAUGUCAGUAUGUUCACUAUCACGAUAAAAAUAUGCACUGUAUAAUAGGAUAGCUUGAAGAAAGAGUACAUAUUUCAAGGAAAUAGAUUGUUUCAUGUGAUUAAAUAAAUAUCUUUAAAUUGUUUCUUAUGUAAAUGUUAAACACUUAAGGAUAACUUUUAAUUUUGAUGUUCUGUGUCGCUAAGAUGUGUAACUUCUCUUAAGAGAAGCAAUAAAUGUUCUUUAGAGGAUA